CGGAGCUCUGAGGUGGACGAACAGGAGUCGCAGACCGGGUCGGAUUCCGCAUCAGAAGGGGUCACAAUAAGCUGUAAAUCUCAAGGUGGAACCCGAUCACAGCGAGACCUGGAAGCCGUCUGGUAUUGGACCUUUAAAUACUGGGUGUUUGAAAUUAAUUUAUUUAGCCAGCAGUUUUUUAAAUAACUUUUAGAGCAGCACUUUGUUACCGGACAAAGGAUAUUAACAGCGACCAUCCUGCUGUAUUUACUGACCAAUACUAUUACAGAAAACGGCUGAAUUACAUGUUUAGCUCACGCAUUGUGCAUUUAAUAGGCAGAUCUCAGAUGUAUGAGUUGCUCCAGGCUAUUUUGUUAUAAUCGGAGGUUAAAAAUACAUCUUAAUACAAAACCCGAUAGCAGCAGCAACUUGCUAAUAUCAGGGGACGAUUUAGCAGAGCACCGAGUGCUUAGCCAGCACACUUCUCCCUGCCUUGACCAAUCCGGUUAAAUUUAGUUUACUCAGGAAAAUGAUGCGGAUGCCUAAAGGUGUCUCUCCGGCGUCGGGUCGGCCACCAGUGGGACUGUCUUGCUCUCAGCAGAAAAUGAAGAUUUUGUCCACCGGAGGAGUGAAGACCGAGUUCUUCAGCACCGGGCUGUCCAGCCCGCCGAUGAACACGGUACCGGCCGGCUAUUUCACCCAGAUCUGCAACACCGCUGCGGCCGAACAAAGAGCAAACAGCCUGUAUUCAACCCCCCACGGACCGGAGGCUAAACCCAUCAGAUCAUCCUCCGGGCGACUGCCGGCCAAAAGGAAGCUGGAUCUAGAGGACCCUCUUUACCUGCCAGAGUUCCGCACGCCAAAAGGCAAAUGCAGCAUCGCGGCCAGGAUACCGAGCCCAAGGACUCCAAAGUCUCCAGGUGAGCGGACACGCUAUGACACCUCCUUGGGCCUGCUGACCAAGAAAUUUGUUGGUCUCAUCGCCGAGUCUCCUGAUGGAGUUCUCGACCUGAACUGGGCCACUGAGGUCCUGGAGGUCCAGAAGAGACGCAUCUACGACAUCACCAAUGUGCUGGAGGGAGUCCAGCUAAUCCGGAAGAAGUCCAAGAACAACAUCCAGUGGCUGGUUGGAGAUGUAUUUGAGGGCGGUGCAGGCGGAGGAGAGAAGGCGUGCGCCCUGAGGAAAGAACUCGGAGACCUGGAGAGAGUGGAGAAAUGUCUGGAUGAAAUGAUCCACUCCAGCACCGCACAGCUCAAACAGCUCACCGAAUACGAAGAUAAUCAGAGGUUGGGCUAUGUGACGUAUCAGGACAUCCGCUCCAUCGGCACUCUCCGAGACCAGACGGUCAUCGCCGUCAAGGCCCCUGCUGACACCAAACUAGAGGUUCCAGACACGGCCGGGCAGGGGUCGUUACAGAUCUAUUUAAAGAGCAAGAAUGGCCCGAUUGAAGUCUACCUGUGCCCAGAGGAGGGUCUUGACGACGUUAGCCCGGUCAAAAGCGCUGUCACCCCUAAAAAGGAGUUUCCUCAACCUCUUGGCCCUCCAACUACAACCCAGAUGGCGGUGCCAAGCUACAGCAUCAAAGAGGGGCCUGCUGAAUCCAACAUGUCUGCAGCAGCUCCCGCCACCACCUCCACAACCGCAGCCUCCGGCUCCUCUCUGCUGGAUGUCGAGGGCCUGCUUGGUUUGCCCCCCAGCCUGCUCCAGAUCACCGAGGACCAGCUCCCUUGUGCCUCUUUCACCCCGGACCCCAACACCCCCUUUGUCAGUUUCUCUCCGCCUUUGGACCACGACGAUUACCUCUGGAGCCUGGAGGACAGCGAGGGAGUGUCCGACUUCUUCGACACAUACGAUCUUGGAGAUCUGUUGAAGAGCUGAGUUUUAGAUGCAGAAUCGGGGGAGGAAAUUUAGGGAGAGCAGGGUGGGGGGAUAUUUAAUUGAAUGCCUUCUCGAGGUAGGAAAUAUUACACUAUAAAAGCCAUCACUCUGUUUUUGCCAUGCCUGGUUUAAUGCCAGUGAUUCCAAAGGAGGAGUUACCCCCCUUUGUUUAUUUUAAUAAAGUAAAAAUGAUUUCAUAUCAUCAAGCAUAUGAUUGUAGGAAAAGAAAACGUUUGGAGUGGGAGGUUGGCUGAUGCUGAGACUGACACUGAUGUGUGGAAUCUCCAACCAUUAGGAAACACUGUUUAAAAUGAUUGCGCUACACAGAUCAAAAUGUAUAAACUCACACAAACACAGACGUCAUUAUGCAUUUGACAUCACAUGCAACAGAAUCUGAUGCAUUCAGGUGCCAGGCGGUGUUUACAGUGUGACAACUCAGGAAUUUUUUGUUCUUCCUUGGUUCCAAAGUCUGAAUGUUUGUGCCACUCUUUGGCCCGUAGGGGGCAGCCUUGUAUUAUCUCAGCUUUAACUGCCGUGCAGCUUUACAGGACUCAAUCACCGGAUGAGAAUAAGGCCAUCAAGAACCAUACACAGGGCGUGUUCUUAAGAGUCCAGGUAUCGCUAACAUAUUAAACUGAAUAACUUGUUUGAUCCUGGUAGGUGUGCGAGCGGCUCCACAGCUGCACCGCGUGAAAUCUGAUUUUGAAGGUGCUCUUGUUGCUUCUGUCUGAUCAGGUUUGCUUUCUCCUGCCUUAAGCUUUACAUCAAGCCUUGUACCUGUUUGGCGCUUCGUUGUGUGCCAAAAUGUGAAAGGCGGCCUCUGGCGUUGGAUACUGGACUGACUCAGUGACUAAUAAUGAGUAUUUUGUGAACAUAUAGACUCUGUACUGAGCAAGAGGGUCACACUCACUCUUGUUGGUUUGGCAGCUUUAUUUCGAAUCCAGGUGCUCCUCUAAUGAUGUGAAAUUGCUGAUUUUAAUAGAGGAUUAUUUUUGAAUUAGUAGUGCAAAACUGCUAUUUUAUUUCCGUGGAAAUAACUCAAAAUAAAUAAAAUGCAGCAUCUGUGUUGCUGCAGCUUAAUUGAUGUAAUUAAAGUUUAAUUAGAGUAGUGAUUAUCUUUCACUUCCUGUCCUGAAAUGAAUGAAAUCAGUUGAUCGAGCAGCAGCAGGAUCAAUAAGGAAACGUUGUCUUUACUGUUCAAAUUUAAGGCCACAGAUGCUUCCCCACAUGUGGUGGGGGCCCCCCGGCACCAGAACAGCCGUGGCUCUUAUCUGUUCAACAUUUGUUUGUUUUUUUCGAAAGCGUUCAAGACGUUUGGAAAUUAGAAUUUCAUGCUGAUUUGAUGUAUUUUUUGGCUUUUCCUCUACACUGCAGAGAUAAGCUAACUGUCCUGUCCUAACAAAACUUGAAAAAACGCGUGUUUGUGUGUGUAUUGGGCGGCUUGGGAAGUGGGUGUGUUGGCGUGUGAGUUUUUACAACAUAGAUUAGAGAAUGUGAAUUCAGAAUUUAGUUCUUUUGAGCAUUAUCUUUCUGGUAUUUGUACAUAGUUUGUUUUGUAUUUAUACCUAUUUUCUGAAUUUUUUGUAAGUUGAUACUGGGCUUUUUACAUGAGGCUCAGGUGUUUUUGUAUGACAUGCAGCACUUAAUAUUUUGUAAUAUUGUGUGGUCUGUUUGAAAUGAAUAAAUAAAUACU